GGCCYGGUGCUGCGCAGCGGCGGCCAUGGCGCUCAACAGGAACCACUCGGAGGGCGGCGGCGUCAUCGUUAACAACAGCGAGAGCAUUUUGAUGACCUAUGAUCACRUAGAAAUUUCCUUCAGCGAUAUUGAGCCUAUGCCAGAUGCCUUCAAAGGGACCAAGAAGGGGAGUGUUUUCCUGACUCCCUACCGAGUUAUCUUUGUCUCAAAGGGAAAGGACGCUAUGCAGUCUUUCAUGAUGCCCUUUUAUUUGUUGAAAGAUUGUGAGAUUAAGCAACCUGUCUUCGGAGCAAAUUAUAUCAAGGGUACAGUGAAAGCAGAGGCAGGAGGUGGUUGGGAAGGAUCUGCCACUUUCAAAAUGACCUUUUCAGCUGGAGGUGCUAUUGAGUUUGGGCAACGAAUGCUGCAAGUGGCAUCUCAAGCCUCCAGAGGUGAGGUGCCCAAUGGAGCAUAUGGCUAUUCCUACAUGCCGAAUGGAUCCUAUGCUUUCCCACCACCUGCAGCUAAYGGGGGCUACCCUUAUCCACCACCUCCUCCUGAGUUCUAUCCUGGCCCCCCCAUGAUGGACAGAGACAUGGGUUACAUGCAGCUGCCACCACCGCCGUACCCGGGGCCCAUGGAGCCGCCCGUCGUCAGUCCUCCAGACCUGCCUUCCACUCCUGCAGCUGAAGCGAAGGCUGCCGAAGCUGCUGCCAGUGCUUACUACAGCCCAGUCAACCCACACAACGUCUAUAUGCCCACAGACCAGCCACCCCCUCCUCCAUACUUCCCACCAGAGGACAAGAAGAACCAGUAAGAUAACCCAGAACUCCACAACUCAUUGCUUUCUUACUUUCCAUUUUGGCCGAAUCUUGGGACGUGAUUCCUGGCAGAAAGGAUUGGAGCCUUCCCUCAAGGCACAUAGCUUUCAUGGACAGGCAUGGUGGAUAUGUGCAGAGGAAGGGAAGAGAUUUAAGCAGCCUGGGUUACCUCGUAGAGCUCUGAGGGUUUGCUGUCCUCCUGCACUAUUUCUUUCCCUCUGUGUGCAGCAACACUAGUGCUGGAGGUUCUCUUCCUCUGUGAUCCCUUUGCAUCUAUUUCUUCAUCCCUGUGCUUCCUUUGCAUCUAUUUCUUCAGAUACUUCAUUAUAUACCUUUUUUGGAGUAAGCAACUGCUUCAAAUUGACAACUAACAGGCUCAUAACAUGGAAUCAAGGCUCUCAGUGUCUUGAAUUUAUCUUAGGGUCACAACCAAGAGCAUCCCUGGACAUUGGGAUAUCUGGAUAUUCCUCUCAACCUAGAGUAUUGCAUCUAAUUUUCUCCUCUGCUACUGAGAAAGGGCUUCAAUUUAAUAUCAAUUUAUCUCAAAAUAAAUUGAUAUCUAUUAUUUUUUUUUCCUUGCACUUCAGAAAAGUCAUUYCUUACAGUUGCAGGAAAUAAUCUGGUAACCUUUCAGCUUUUCCUGCUGUGCACUAUGACAAUGCAGAAAAAGCUUCCUUUUUGUUUAAGAAAAUAUACUGCCCUUCACAGGGCUCUUUAGGACAUCAAACUAGUUAUUGAUCACAUGGGAACAUUAUUUUUCUGUUUCUUUUUUUUUUUUCCAAGUUAGAUAUGUAGGUUCAAGCUCACUAAGCCCUGGACCCUCUCUUUAGAGUCAUUAAUGCACCUUUAAUUUUUCUGUCUGCUGUAACUUAAGUUACACUUCUUGGCCAGUGAAGCAUCUUACUGCUGUGAUUUAACUGGUGAAUUAAUAGCUAGUGGGGAAAAAUAGUUUCUCUGCUUUUACCCUGGAAGCACUUGGCAGAAUAUGCAAAACACUGCAGUAUGCUAUUAGGUAUAAUUGAGCCAUUCCUUUUGAGUUUUGUUUAACACUGUUAGUGCUCUUGGAUCAGCUGUGAAUUUCCUUCUCAGUAAAUUGGGCUCCUUGGACUGGGGGUUCAAGUGUUUUCCUUCCCUAACCCUCGUUCAUCRAUCUCCUUAGCAAUGACUGUAGUAUUUGGAACCUCUGCAAGACUGACCAGUAACCAGGUUGUGAAGCUUGCACUGUACAAAGCUUUGCACGCAAAUCAGAUUUCACUGAUUUCUGGCAGUGUCUGUGGGAGAUGAAAUCCUUCCUAGCAAGGGUCAAGAAAGAUCAUGUGCUAGGG